CUUCGAUCUACAUAUAUAAAAAUAACAUUUCACACCGGAAGAGAAUUUUUAUGUUUUCAUGGUGAGGUGGAAUUUGAUUGGUUCAGUUGUAGAUAUAUACAUAUUCUAUUUUGUUUAUUAUGAAAAGGUUAAAUAAACACCACACUAUACUAUUUUACAAGAGAACAGGUUGUACACAUUCUAUCGAUGCGUUGUUUAUUUAAUCAUAUCCGCAUUGCAUUCAACGUCAAGGAGGCGGUGGAAAAGGAGUAAGCAUAUAACCAUUCCUCCUCGUUUCUCUAUGGAGACAUAUAUACAUAGUCAUCACUUCAAAUGAUUACUCUAACGAAUGCGGAAUAUAAAGAAUACUCGGUUUUUAUUAUUAUUACUAUUAUUAUGAAUUGUUGAAAAUAUAUACAUUUGAUCGGAUUUAUGAUACAUAAUUAUAUAUGAUUUCAUUUUGGAUACACAGAUUGAACUGUCUACAACUGAACACUCACUGUCCAAUACACGAAGACAUUUUUGGAUUUUUGUGAAUUUCAAACCAGCUGAACCGUCUACCACACAUUAUCGAGAUCAGUUAAUCUAAUCUUAAAUGUUAAGAAAAGCUAUCGAUUCAAUGUUGAUUUUAUUACGUUUUGAUGAGAGAAAAGACUAUUGUAGCUCAACAUCACAAAAUUGGCUAUGGAAUCCUUCUGAUGUACACGCUAUACCUCCGUCUUCUACUAGCGAUAAUGUUCAUUUCAGUAGUAAAGAUAAUAAUGACAAAAGUCAAUUUCAUGAAAUGAUUGAAAGUAAUGUUUCAAAGAUAACAACUCCAUUAUUAAAUGACUUUAAUGAUAUACUGUUGGGUGAAAAAGAUUACAAGGAGAUUUCUACAAAAUCAACUCGUGCAAAAUCAAUACCACUACGUAAUUCAGGGAUGAAUACUACGCAUAAUGUAUUGAAAAAUGAUAGUAACAAUAGGUAUAUUAGAAGAAGGCUGGGUAGAAAUCAAUUUAUGCAUGUACGUUUGCAUAGUUACGAUGAAAGUGUUAAAAUGCAGUCGAGUGAGAUGACUUAUUGUGAAGAGAAUGAAUUCGGUACAGAUGUAACAUAUUUGGCUUUAAGUGAAUUUACUAAUUCAGCUGAUCAAUUAGAUAAUUUUAUAAAGACGGUGGAAACUCCAACAGCGGUAACUCCUAUCACUGGUACUAUCAAUGUGCCAAAUACAACCACAGAAGUAAAUCGUAAAGAGUAUUCUAAAUCUCUUUAUUUACCCAAGUUAUUACCUCCACCCCCAUCAGCUACACAAAUAAAGCUGACGCCACAAGAUCUUAAACCACCGAUAACAACAGUGUUAUCACCAACAUCUUCAACAAGACAACAUACAUAUAGCAACAACAAUAAUAAUAACUUACGAAGUACACCAACAGAAUUAGACAAUCCUCGAUUUUCAGUUAAUUUGAACGAAACCUUAUUGUAUGAAGAGUUAACUUGUGGACAAUUGAAGCAAUCUUCACCACCUCACUACAAUUAUCGCCAAGAAAAUAACAGAGAUCAACAGGUGAAAAUACAAAGUUACCAAGAUUCUGAUCUUAUAUUAUUCCCGGAAUUAAAUGCUGUUGGUCGUGAUGAUACGCCGAGCCAUAAGAUAAACUUACAGGGUACUUCCAACUGCUUUAAGAAACUUGAUCAACCAGAGAAACUAAUAUAUACAACUCCAAUAACUGGGGCAUCUGAUGCCAGGAAUUCACUGAUUCUGAACUCUGGAAGUCAACAUGACACCACUGUAAAUAUCAAUGAAACAAUGACAAUUCAUGAUUCAUUGAAUAACAGUCAUGUCUUAUUCAAUAAUUAUUCCCCUUAUAAACCGUAUUCACCAAAUGUUCACUUUAAUACAAGUCGUUCAAACAGUGGGCAAACAUUGGUUGAUCCAGAUAUCGACAGAAAUUAUCGUCGAUCCAGGCUACACAGAUCAUGUAAACCAACAAGACAGAGAAGAUCAAAUUCUUCAUCAAAUUGUCAGUCAUUAGCGUCACUGUCAUCUUCCAAUUCAUGUUUUAUGAAUACAUAUGAUAGCAUAUCGAAAUGUCAAUAUCAAAAGCAUUGGUCAUUUACCUUUUAUGAUUUUGAAGAUGAGCAUAACACAAAAGAGGAUGACACUGCAUUGAUUCAUUCAAUUUUUGCCAUAGUCGCAGCUAGAUUACGUCAUAAAACAAACGGUUCAAAAGGAUAUAUCAAAAAAUUAUCAGAAUAUGAUAAACUAGAUCAAUGCUGUCAUAUGAAUACGAAUGCCAACAAUUCAAGAAGUCAGGCGACAGACAAAAAAAUCCAUCAGCAUCUUAAACUGGGUAGUUUUGGCUCAAAUGAUGCUCAGAAACAAUCAAUGAAUGAUAAUAAUACUAAUAAUAAUAAUGAAAUUGUUAAUAAAGAUGAACACCAAUUAUGGCGAUUAUGUAUUAAAUGGAAUCCUAAUGAUUUCUCGAGGAAAUCAGCUGUCACCUCGAUGAAUAAUACACGCGACAAUGGAAAUGACAACAUCCCAACUGGAGAUAUUCACACAAUGACGAGGAAUGGCGCAGAAGGCAAUAAACUGAAAAAGACACAUAUUCUUGCCACUCUGGGGGCUAAAAUCGAUAAAAACACUUCAUGGAGUGAUAAGUCCACCUUGUCAUUAUCUUCAUUAGAUAUGAAAAGAACUAGUCAUCAUAAAAGGAAACGGAGAACAACACGCAAACAUCGAACAACAACGGCAACAAGGAAUUUAUUCCAUCAAGCUAUGUAUAAAUCGAAUCAAAGCAAUCGAAUCGCCUGUUCACUUUGUCCACAAAGCUUUGAGAAUAAUCAUAAAGCGAAGAAAACUGUGUCCAACGAUACGAAUGCCGAACAAGAAGAACAAAGAGGAGGAGAAGAAGAAGCCGUCGGGGGAGAAAGUAGAGACGAAGAUAAUGAACAGGUGGACAAACACGAAUUCCAUUUCUUAUCAACCGAUCAAACACACUCUGUUAAUGGGAAUUUAAAUCAGAGAAAUUCAGUUGAAUACCAACUAAAGAGGCAUAAACAAAGUAGAAACUCAAAAUGUUCACGUAAUCAGCAGCUGUGUAAUCAUGAUCAGCGUCGGCAACAUUGUUUACAGCAUUGUCCAGUAAAACUGAAUGAUAAUAGUAAAUUUAAACGAAACAGUUGUCAUAUAUUAUCAACUUCGCAGUUCAAUUAUUCUAAUUACAAUCAUAAUUCUUCAUGCUGUAGACAAUUUACACCCUGUUGUAAUUAUACUACUGAGGAAUUGUGCCUUAAAACAAAUUUUAAUAACAUUCAAUGGAAUCCGCAUCAUGAUUGUUCAAUAGAAAAUACUCGUUGUGAUCAUUUGAAGUGUGUAUCACCCAUAAAUGAUCGAUUUGAUCCACCGACGACAACAACAAUGUUACACUGUCAGUGUGGUUUGAAUACGCAUAAAUCAGAAUGUAAUGGACAAAAAUCGAUAGGAAUGUGUAAUAAUACUGUCGGGGAUAAUAUAAAUGAUAAAUUAGCGGCUACAAAUACAAAUGUCAAUCAUUUUAGAAAUCAAUCAUCUACACCAAUGUUUUGUUGUCAUCAUUGUCGUCAAUGGUUUGUUCCAUUAUGGAGUCAAAUCAAUUGUUCAAGGAAUAGAAAGCGUAUUUCAAAGGAUGACAGGAUAGCAUACAAUCUCCACAAUCAUCAGUCAUUCCAUCGUUCAUCGAGUCAACCACAGACAAAAACUGAAAGGAUGAUUCAAAACCAAUCUUCUGACCAGAGAAAAUCUAUAAAACAAACCUGUGAAUAUCAUGAUCAUGACAAAGCUACUUGUAUGCAUACUAGUACAGGGUAUAACAAACAGAUUCCCUUAUCAAGCCGCAACAACAACAGCAAAAACAACAGCAACAUCAUAUCAAAAAACGUGCCAAAUCUGUCUUACCUAUGUAUUCUACACUAAGUGAUACAAACAACAAUGGGAUAGGUGAGUCACCGGGUAAAUCCACUGCCUGCCCAUUGGCUUCAAACAGUACACACACAGAAUUAAAUCAUAAUCUACUUGCGAAUAGUAACAAGAUAUCAGUGUAUCCCACUUAUAUUCAUGAACAAUGCAUAAAUUUUAAACAAAAUAACAAAUUCAAACGUCAUAAUCGUAAAUAUUUAGGUCAGUUAAAUGUUCAAGAAUGGUUAGGUAAAACAUUGAUUAAAAAGUAUUGAACCUGUUGAGCGUUUGUGUUGUUUUGUUUUAAUCUUGAAAGAUUUUUUUCCUACUUGUAAUACAAAUAUGGAUGCUUUGUUUCAUUUGUAAAUGUUCUUUAUGACAGAGAAAUACAUUUAAAUUUGUACAUAUUACAAUAUUGAUAAUAUAUACAUAUACGCGUAUCGCUUUCCACUU